AAAUCCUCUCUUAAGAAAUACUCCCAGCAAUGGAAUUAAAUCAGGUGAAUGCCUCCAAGCUUAGUCUGCCGUCCAGUGAGCCGGAUCGCCUCACCGCAUUGGCCUUGCCGCAGAUAUUUUCCGACUCUCUCGUCUAUAACGACGAAUAUAACUAUAUGCAGGACAUGCAAGUGCUGCGCAACCAGGUGGGCCUGGCGCUGCCUCUGGUCAUAGGCAUGGAACGCUUCGUUGUCAGCAAGACGACCCGGCUGCCCUUCCUGCGCUCCAACAACUUCAUGGACGAUGUGCUCACCGGACGCUACAACGAGAUCACCUUUGAGGAAUAUCUCAAGCGGCCCGACUAUGAGCAGCCACUGCGUUUGCCGCACCUUAUCAUGGAGGAGUUGCUAGGCAUUCACAUAUAAGAGAGUGAGAGAGA